AUGUCGACAUCAGAGGCGAUUUUAGCCAAGAUAACGCGCGAAGAGGAGUCUGAUUAUGAUUUUGACAAUGAACUUGCUGAAAGUACCUCAGAUUCA